UCCUCCAGCCCCCCCCGCGACCCCCGCGAGCCUCGCGACCCCCGAGAUCCUCGCACGCCCUUGCGGACCCUGCCCACUAGCCCGGUGGCGGCGGGGACCUCGGCGGCGGCGGCGGCGCGCGCUGAGGAGCUCGCGGCCGGGGCCAAGGGCGAGCCGAGCCCCCAGUCCCCGCGCGCCGCCGUCGUCCACCCUUCCCCCCCUGACUCCCCCACAGCCAACUCCACAGCCGCCGCCGUCGCUGCUUGCCCUUCCGCCUACACCUUCUUCACCAGUCGGCUCAACGCCGGCGCCUCCCACUCCCCCUCCCCGUCCCCCGAGCCCAGGCGUGGGGGGGCCGGGCCGACCGGGCGCCCCAUAGGCAUCCCGCUCUUUCGUUGGCUGAAGAGCCGCACCCUGGGCCGGGGGCUGUACGUGGACCCGGCCCGGGACAACUUCCGAACGAUGACUAGCUUGUACAGCUCCAUCCACCCGGCAGACUCGGUGUACCUCAGCACCCGCACCCACGGCGCCGUCUUCAACCUGGAGUACUCUCCUGACGGGUCAGUGUUGACAGUUGCUUGUGAACAGACCGAAGUUCUCCUUUUUGACCCUGUAUCUUCAAAGCACAUUAAAACGCUCUCUGAAGCUCAUGAGGACUGUGUAAAUAAUAUCAGGUUUCUGGAUAAUAGACUGUUUGCCACCUGCUCUGAUGACACUACAAUUGCUCUUUGGGAUCUGAGAAAAUUAAAUUCAAAAGUAUGUACUUUACAUGGUCACACUAGCUGGGUGAAGAACAUUGAAUAUGACACUAAUACAAGACUCUUAGUUACAUCAGGAUUCGAUGGAAAUGUCAUCAUUUGGGACACUAACAGGUGCACAGAAGAUGGAUGCCCACACAAGAAAUUCUUUCAUACACGUUUUCUAAUGCGGAUGAGGUUAACACCAGACUGUUCGAAAAUGCUGAUUUCAACCUCUUCUGGUUAUCUCCUGAUUUUACAUGAUCUUGACUUAACAAAAUCUCUAGAGGUUGGAAGCUAUCCAAUUUUGAGGGCAAGAAGAACUACAUCAAGUUCAGAUAUGGCUACUUCUCCAAGUUCAUCUGCUCCUAGACCUUCUGGUUCACCUUGUCAUCAAAGUGAUUCUAGUUCACUAUCUGAGAAAAAUGUGUCACGUUCCUCUCAACGAGAAGGUGUGUCACCUCGUAAUAGUCUUGAAGUUUUAACUCCAGAAGUUCCUGGUGAGAGGGACCGUGGUAAUUGUAUUACAUCACUGCAGCUACAUCCUAAAGGUUGGGCAACCCUUCUUCGGUGUUCUAGUAACACAGAUGAUCAGGAGUGGACCUGUGUCUAUGAAUUUCAAGAAGGGGCUCCAGUACGACCUGUCUCACCUCGUUGUUCUCUAAGAUUGACUCAUUAUAUUGAGGAAGCUAAUGUAGGCAGGGGGUACAUCAAAGAACUUUGUUUCAGCCCUGAUGGUCGAAUGAUUUCUUCCCCACAUGGCUAUGGGAUCCGCUUGUUGGGAUUUGACACCCAGUGCAAUGAACUUGUUGACUGCUUACCCCAAGAAGCUAGUCCCUUGCAGGAGAUUCGUUCUCUCUACUCUCACAAUGAUGUGGUUCUGACAACCAAGUUCUCUCCCACACAUUGUCAGAUUGCCUCAGGGUGCCUUAGUGGACGUGUUUCUUUGUAUCAGCCAAAGUUUUAGGCACAACUGACAUCAAAAAAGGAACUCUUCUGGUGUUCAACUUUUCGAUUACUUCAGUUUAGGUGAAGUAUUUCUUUAUAGAUCUUGUGUGUGUGGUUCAAGAUCCUUUUUCCUAGGGGUCCAUGAACAUCCCAACAAUGACAUAGGAGUACUCAGUCCAGCACUGGAUGUUUGAUACUGCAGUUCUAAGUCAGACUCUAUGCAUUGUCUUUCCUUUUCAGCAUUCCUCUGCUCCUGCUGAUCCUGUGCCAUUGUUUCUCUGGUUGUGUUGCACAGUAGCUCUUGUCAGGGUUUUUCUUUGGGUGUGACUCUGUAGACUUUGGGCAGGAUUUUUGGUUGGGGUAGAAGGAAACUGGUCCUAGUACUAAAUAAAACCUAGAAGUUUGAUGUUGGCA